AUGAAGGAGGCAAGGUUGUCAUCGGAACUGCCGUCGAUUGAUUCACUGAUCUCUGAUCUGAACGUUGAUUAUCUCGAAACGGCCAGUUGGCUGACGAUUGGUAGCAAAUAUGGAGCCAAAAAGGCAGCUCGCACAGAGGUGGCGUCGCCGAAGAAUGACGAAAGAUUAAUGGUCAAAGGAAACAAGCGAAAACGGAAGCGAAAAGUGAGACUUCCAAAAAAUUAUGAUCCAAACGUGCCUCCAGAUCCGGAAAGAUGGUUGCCGAAGUAUGAACGUUCCGCGUAUAAGAAACGAAAAGACAAGCGUGCGCGGGAACGUGAAAUCGGCCGUGGCACCCAAGGAACCGUUACGGAGAAUCCGGAAGCAGAAACUGUUAUUUUUUCGGAAAACGCCACCAGCUCGCCAAAGUCUCCUCUUCAUGGACUAACUGCCGGAACGCAGAAUAUAGGACCAAGGCAAAUGCAUCCUGCUCCCCAGAGACCCAAGAAGAAAAAGAAGGAACGGAAGUCUUAG